AUGGGAAUUACUGAUUUUUUGAAAGUACAUAUUGCAGGAUCCGACUUUAAUCUACGUUGUUUAUCUCUAGAUCGCAAAAAGAAUAUCGUUUUUGAAUUCAGUCAGUUGAUUCUUUAUGUUGUUGCAUAUAUAAUUGUAUCCAAAUUCCAAUAUGGCAUGCUGUUUAUACUGAAUUCAAAAAUUUCAAGACGGGUUUACAGAUUGUAUUGCAAAUUCUGGUAUUACAUCCCCAUAUUGGGAGUGAUUAAUAUAGGAAUUGCAAACUCAAUUUCUAACUUUCUAUUUCAUGUGUUUCCGCCAUUUUUGAAUAGAAUUUCUACAGUACUUGAGGUUCUUUUCUACUACGAAAUUUUGCAGAUGACCUUCAGUAAGGAAGGUAAUAUUAAGAUUUAUUUUACGAAUGAUAGCGAAGAGUUGUUAAUAAUGAAUUCGAAUCAACUCCUGACAACGCUGAUAAUAUCUAAUCAUCGCAGUGUUGUGGAUUAUAUAUUGAUAAAUGUCCUAUUAUACCGAAACUUCAAUGGCAAUUGGGAAUCUAUGUCAAGAUCAGAUAUUUUGAAAAGGGCGUGGAAUGAAACUCUUAACAUUCAUCCGCAAGCAAAGUUUAUUUCUUGGGGAGAUAUAUUCAAAUUGCCAACUCUCUACUUACUUAUAAAUAUUUUGACUAAAAAUGAGAACCAUGUGAUUGAUUCUGGCAACAUUAUACGUUACUUAAAUACUUGGGGAAAUCAAGUUUUUGUACUUUUUCCAGAAGUGAAUAUAUUAACAACUGAAUUGGGGAUUAUUCAGAGAAAGAUCAACCAAAAUUAUUAUCCUCACGUUAUGAAAUAUUAUAAUGUUCUAUACCCAAGAUAUAAAAUGUUCGUUAAUGUGAUAAAUGCUUUUGCUCAGCUUUGUGACAUAAAAAAAUCUCUGCUGAACAGAAAACUCAUCUAUCCUCGUCAUAUCAUAUCCGAAGCAACAGUACGAAUAAGCAAUAAAGUGGAUAAAAUCCUUAAAGAAGAUGAUUCUAUACCAUUGGUAUUUGGUAAUUAUGAAUCCGUCGGACAGCAGAAUGAGCUUCUAAUUAAUUCUAAAGAUCAGAAAAUAUUCUUGAACAAGUACUUGUAUGAUUUAUCAGUUGUAUAUUAUAAGGCAAAAGUGGUUGAGAAGUCGCAUGAUCAUGUAAAAGGAACAUUGAAACCACAAAAGGGCGUUCAACUGGAACAAAUUGUGCCCUCAUUGUUUGAUAUAUUUUUUGCGAAUUAUAAGAGAGGAAGAGAUCCAAUUAUAGUCAUUGUGGAUAUUCGCAGGCAUAGAAUAGAUCAGUUAUUACCGUUAAAGAAUGAAAAACUGGAAAAAUGGCUCGAGAUUCUAUGGAUGAAAAAGGAAAGAUUAAUUAUUGAGAAUGAAGCUAAGAUUUCUUUAAAAUGA